UCCUGUCACACUAGUGGGUGUGUGUGAGCCGGAGACAGACAUCCCCAGUGAUUUGAGUUUAUCACCACUGAUUUUAUUACGGAUUAAUCAGUGCAUCUCUGGCAUAUUCGGAGAAUAAUGAAACGGAGAAAUCCUGCUGUUCUGAUUUCUCUCCGACAACCUGUCUGCGCGUGACGCAGGGGGGAGGAGGAGUGGGAAGUCUACUUAAAGCGGGAUUAGCACGAGCCAAACAUUAUACUCCCCUCCGUUUAGACUCAGAGCGACCUAUCGUCCUGCUCGCGAGACAGAAAAUAUGAGGGCUUUAGACUAAUUAGGACCUCAGACUAGGGCGCGCGCUCCGGAGCGAGGCGUGGACGACAAGGCGGACUGGACAGCAGCGAAUCAAUGCAUUCACCCGAUACCACACUCGCCUUUAGAGCGAUAGACGCGGAACACUAGCUCGCAUUUGAUUUCACAGGGUCCUCUGUGUUACCGUCUCCGAAUGAACAUGGGGGAAUGGACAAUUCUCGAGCGUCUCCUGGAGGCGGCUGUCCAACAGCACUCUACUAUGAUCGGGAGGAUCCUACUGACAGUGGUGGUGAUCUUCCGGAUUCUGAUUGUAGCAAUAGUUGGAGAGACCGUGUACGACGACGAGCAGUCCAUGUUCGUGUGUAACACUUUACAGCCGGGCUGCAACCAAGCUUGCUAUGACAAAGCGUUCCCUAUAUCUCACAUCAGAUACUGGGUGUUCCAGAUCAUCAUGGUAUGCACUCCCAGUCUGUGCUUCAUCACAUACUCGGUGCAUCAGUCGGCCAAACAGAAGGAGCGCAGAUACUCCAUGGUCUACCUGUCCCUCGACAAAGAUCCCGAAUCGAUGAGACGAGACGACAGCAAAAAAAACAAAAACACCAUCGUGAACGGAGUACUCCAGAACACCGAAAACUCCACCAAAGAAUCCGAGCCCGACUGUUUGGAAGUGAAAGAGAUCCCUCAUUCGGCCAUGAGAACUACCAAAUCUAAAAUGAGACGGCAAGAGGGCAUCUCCAGGUUUUACAUCAUUCAGGUGGUUUUCAGGAACGCGCUGGAGAUCGGCUUCUUGGUGGGGCAGUACUUCUUGUACGGAUUCAACGUGCCCGCCGUGUACGAGUGCGACCGGUACCCUUGCAUCAAAGACGUCGAGUGCUACGUCUCGAGACCCACGGAGAAAACCGUGUUCCUCGUCUUCAUGUUCGCGGUCAGCGGGAUUUGCGUGGUGCUCAACCUGGCGGAACUCAAUCACCUGGGCUGGAGGAAAAUUAAAACGGCGGUGAGGGGGGUGCAGGCCAGGAGGAAGUCCAUAUAUGAGAUCAGAAACAAGGACUUGCCCCGGAUGAGCAUGCCUAAUUUCGGCCGCACCCAGUCGAGUGACUCUGCCUACGUCUAA